AUGUCUGCCCUGAAACGACAAGUCAUCACCGCCAAGGAUGCGCCCGCGCCCGGCGCGCAUCUCUCGCACGCCAUGGUCCACAACGGCCUGGUCUUCUGCUCGGGUCAGCUCGCCAUAGACCCAAAGACGAAAGCCAUGGUCGAAGGCACUAUCGCUGAUCGCACCACGCAAUGCCUCAAGAACCUAGCCGUGGUGCUUGAGGCCGCCGGCUCCGGCGUGGAUAAGGUGCUCAAGGUCAACAUUUACGUGACGGACAUCAAGGACGUGCCGCUAAUGAAUGAGGCGUAUUGCAAGUUCUUUGCGGAGCCGAGGCCGGCGAGGGCGUGUGUUGCUGUCAAACAGCUGGCGCGCGGGACGGACGUGGAGAUUGAAUGCACUGCUUUCGUUGGCGAUGCGACUGAUGGUAUCAAGAGUGCCUUGUAA